GCAUAGGACCGCGACGCGCGCGCCCGCCGCCGCCGCCGAUAUGUAAACAUUCGAAUUUCAAACCCACUGUGCUGGCCGUUGAGAAAAAAAGUGACAGUUUAAAAGUGUUCCAAGGUUUAUUGUGUGCUUGUUAAAGAGGAAAACAAAAGUUUGGGUUUCGCAGUGAAUUUAGGAACCGCACAAUCGGCUCGACAUGGGAUUCAAAUUUAAAAAUUGUUCGUGAGUGUUCCAAUUUUGAAACUAGUCCUGUGAAGUAGAACCGUGAACUGUUUAGUGCACCGUGAUGUUAUUUCCGUGUUACGUACACUGAGGACACAUGAUGUGAAUGACAUAACCUCACAAUGUGGACGGCGGAGCUAAGUUGCAUUUUCAUUCUUUUUGGUGUGUCAGCGGGGGGCGGGGGCUGGGAGCCGCUGGGGCAGCCGUACUUCGACAACAGCACGCGGCGCGAGGCCACGGCGGCGGUGGGGCAGCCCGCCUACCUGCACUGCCGCGUGCGCAACCUCGCCGACAGAGCCGUAUCCUGGAUCCGCAAGCGCGACCUGCACAUCCUGACAGUCGGGGUCCACACCUACAGCAGCGACGCUCGCUUCGCGGCGCUCCACGCUGACGGGUCGGACGAGUGGACCCUGAGGGUGUCCCCCGCCCAGCCCAGAGACUCUGGAGCCUACGAGUGUCAAGUGUCGACUGAGCCCAAGAUCAGCCUGUCGUUUAGACUCACUGUUGUUGUGUCGAAGGCGGAGAUUCUGUCCGGGCCGGAGCUGUUCGUCCGCGCCGGGUCCGACAUCAACCUGACCUGCCUCACCAAGCACGCGCCCGACCCGCCCAGCUUCAUCUACUGGUACCGCGGGGACCAGGUGGUGAACUACGCUCAGCGCGGCGGCAUCAGCGUGGAGACUGAGCAGAAGACUCGCACCAGCCGGCUGCUCAUAGCCCGCGCCGCGCCGCAUGACUCGGGGAAUUAUACCUGCGCGCCUAGUAGCUCAGAGUCAGCGUCAGUGAUCGUGCACGUUCUGAGCGGCGAGCGGCCAGCCGCCAUGCAGAGCUCCGGGUCGAGCCCGCAGCGGGUCGACCGCGCGGCUUUUUACACGCUCGUCACCGCCACGACGGUCAAAAAACCGCUCAAACUCAUCAACUACACUUUACUCACUUUUACAGCGUUAGUCAAUAGUUUUAGCUAUCUUACUGGUUAUCUAGAUGUAGUUCUAAGAUGACCACGUGAUGUAGUGGUGCAACGAGUAUUGAAUUAGUUUUUUUUUCAAUUGUCGGUUUGGUCAAUUUG